AGUCAUACGACGUCGUAUCCAGUCGUGAUUCUUGACAUUUGGAAAGAGAAAACCGAGAGUUUCGACUUCAACUGCACUCUACUGUAGUUAUUUGAUCACUCUUUCCAUUAAUACCCUCAAAACAAUCAAUCCUCAGAGUCCAAUUUCUCUGUCUUCCUUGCGUUAUUUUCUCAGGACUCUAGAUGGAUACAAGUAACGAAAUAAAGGGCGACUAUGCUCCCAUCAGAGAUCCAGAGCACCCACAAUUGGGAAGAUUCGACAAGCCACUUCCAUGUUUUGGCUGCGGUAUUGGAUGGUUCUCUUUUCUGCUAGGAUUUUUAUGCCCAUUGAUGUGGUAUUAUGCUACAAUUCUCUACUUAGUAAAUUACUAUCGGAAGGAUCCAAGGGAACGUGCUGGACUCGCUGCUUCUGCUAUUGCUAUUACAAGAACUCAAGACUUAAUGAUAAGUGAUGGAAAGAUUUAACUGUAACAAUUGAAAAGUUGAUGGACUAAAUUCACUCAAGAAAUAAUUAGAGGACCAAAUUGCAGAUAAGGUAUAGUAGAGGACUAAAAACUGUUAUGCAAAUAAAAAGUGUAUAUGUCAUAAUUGAAUGGAAGAUGUGUAUAUGCAUACUGUGUUUUUUUUUUAUAAUUUGUGAUAUUGUUUUGUUUUUCUCAUGGAAGUGAAUAAGUUACUACUCUUUUU